CCCCAUUAUACUAUUGCAAAAUAUGAAUUAGGUGAAGAUUGCAGCAAAUGCAUCCUUCAAAGGAAGAUUGCAGCAAAAAAAUCUUAAUUUCCUGCAGAGCAACUUCCAGUCUCAUGGCUAAAUUUCUUGAAAUCAAAGACACUUUUCUUCUUCUCCCAGCACUCUUCUUGCCUGUACUCUUUAUCAUAAUCAAAAACUUAAAAUCUUAUUUUGUGUCUAGAAACAGCGCAAAACUUCCACCAGGGCCAAAUCCAUGGCCAAUUUUAGGCAACAUUCCACACAUAGGACUUAUGCCUCAUGUUAGUCUAGCUAACUUAGCCAAAAUCUAUGGUCCUUUAAUGUCUCUAAAACUUGGAACUCAGUGUAUAAUCGUUGGAUCAUCACCAGAAGCUGCUAUAGAAAUUCUAAAGUCGAAGGAUCGGAUUUUCUCAGGUCGAUAUAUUCCUAAGGCUCUUCCAGCUACAAAGGAAGAACUUAAUUAUUUGUCCCUUGGAUGGGCAGAUUGCAAUGAUAAUUGGAAGUCUUUACGUAUAUUAUGUCGUGCUGAACUUUUCUCGAAGAAGGCUCUAGAGUCUCAAGCCAGAUUGCGAGAGAAAAGUAUAACUAGCCUUAUCAAGUUUGUGGGAUCAAAGGAAGGAAAGGAGGUCAAAAUUGCUGAUCUAGUUUUUGCAACUGUAUUUAAUAUUUUGGGAAAUUCUAUGAUGUCGACAGACUUUAUUGGAUUGGACGAAAAGAAUUCGGAUGGAGGGAUGAAGGGAAUUAUAAGGGAUUAUGUGGAGGCAUUGGCAGCUCCAAAUUUAUCUGAUUUCUAUCCAAUUCUCGGCAAGCUAGAUCUUCAAGGUAUUCGCAGGAAGGUAGCUGUUUUGUUAGCGAAAAUUCGUGCUGCAUGGGGACCUAUCAUUGAAGAAAGGCGAAAUGGGAGGAAUAACUCUUCGACAAGUCAAGAUUUCUUGGACACCCUUCUUGACAACGGCUUUUCUUAUAAUCAGAUCAACCAGUUGUUUGUGGAGUUAUUCGCUGCAGGCACAGACACAACUACCUCGACCGUUGAAUGGACAAUGGUAGAACUGUUGAAAAAUCCUGAAGCCAUGAAGAAUGUCCAUCGUGAGAUUGACACUGAAAUCAACGAAGAUUUCCCGAAUAAUUCCCAUUUGUUGCAACUACCGUAUCUUGAAGCGUGUACUAAAGAAACACUGAGGCUGCAUCCUCCUGCACCUUUGCUGCUUCCUCACAGGGCUAUUGAAACUGGCCAAGUAAUGAAUUACACAGUACCCAAAAAUGCUCAACUAGUCGUAAAUGCUUGGGCUAUUGGGCGCAAUCCAUCUGUAUGGGACAAGCCACUUGAGUUCAGACCGGAGAGAUUUCUUACCUCAAGUUUGGAUUUUAAAGGAAACGACUUUGAAUUCUUACCAUUUAGCGCAGGAAGGAGGAUCUGCCCCGGCCUUCCCAUGGCUGCAAAGACCAUUCCUUUGAUUGUUGCCUCUUUGAUCUAUUUUUUCAACUGGUCUCUCCCACAUGGAAUUAAUCCAAAAGAGCUAAACAUGAGUGAGAAAUUUGGUGUAACCAUGCAGAUGGAACAUCCAUUGGUGCUGGUUCCAGAGGCCAGAAAAUGAUUACCACUAGCAGUCGGUUAAUAAGAACUACUUUAGGCUUUACUGUAUUUUGGAAAGCUGUUUGCUCUUCUGCACACAAUAAUCAGAAUUGGUGGGAUAAUAUCAUGUUUAAGGAAUACAGAAUGUAACAUUCCUUGAAAUAUUAUAUUACAGACUGUUGAGAACAAUAAGACUUUGUAUAACAUUUUAAGUUUUUGAUUCAA